GAUGGUGAAUAGCAGCGCUGCGGAAACAGGCGGAGGAGAAGCCGCCGCCGCCGCCGCCGCAGCAGAGAGUCCCGCAGCGAGUCCCGCAGCGAGUCCCGCAGCGGAGCACCGGGAAUGACACUCGUGCUUUAGCCGCGCGCGUCUCAACGUUUUCUCUGAAUCUGAACGAAGUGACGGAGCCGGGCCGGGGACGGGAAGGGCGCUUUUGGGGGAAGAUGGCGGCCGCGGCCUCCUCGUCCUCGGACUGGAGUGUGCUGAGGGACGGCUGCCUGCGCUGCGACGCCGAGGGCCUGCGGAGCCUGAGCUACCACCCGGCCCUCAACGCCAUCCUGGCCGUGACGAGCCGCGGCAGCAUCACGGUCAUCGACGGCACUUCGGGGGCCAUUCUCCAGGCGUCCGCGCUGAACGCGUCCCCUGGUGGUCGUGUGCGGUGCCAGUACGUCCCGGCCGUGGAUAAGGUCUUGUUCGUGGACGACUUUGCGGUUGGAUGUCGUAAAGAUCUGAACGGGAUCCUGCUGCUGGACACGGCGCUGCAGACGCCCGUGUGCAAAGCCGAGGAUGAGGUCCAACUGGAGCUGCCCGUCACCGAGGCGCAGCAGAUGCUCUCGGCGUGUCAGGAGAAGAUCGACGUCUCAAACACGGAGGGAUACGACCUGUUCAUCGCUCAGCUCAAAGAGGGACUCAAGAACUCCUCCCACGAGACCGCAGCCAAUCACAAGGUCGCCAAGUGGGCGACGGUGCUGUUCCGGCUCCCUCAUCACGUCCUGAAGCUCGUGGCCAGCGCCGUCGUGAAUGAGCUCAAGAAGAUAAACCAGAACGUGGCGGCGCUCUCCGUGGCGUCCUCCAUCCUGGACAGACUCAGUUACCUUCUGUCCAGCGCCCGGCCGGAGCUCGGCGUGGGGCCCGGGAGGUCCGUGGACAGGUCGUUGAUGUACAGCGAGGCGAACCGCAGAGAGACGUUCACGUCGUGGCCUCACGCUGGGUACAGAUGGGCACAGCCCGACCCCAUGGCCCAGGCCGGGUUCUACCACCAGCCGGCGUCGACAGGUGACGACAGGGCCAUGUGCUUCACCUGCAGCGUGUGUCUGGUUUGCUGGGAGCCCACAGACGAGCCCUGGUCUGAGCACGAGCGUCACUCCCCAAACUGUCCGUUCGUGAAAGGGGAGCACACGCAGAACGUCCCGCUCUCCGUGACCCUCGCCACAAGCCCCGCCCAGCUGCCCAACAGCCCCGACCUCUCCGACCCCAUCGCCUGCUACGGCUUCGGGUCCUGCCCGCAGUUCCUCGCCGCCGCCACCAGGAGGGGCAAAGUCUGCAUCUGGGACGUCUCCAAAAUGAUGAAGGUGCACCUUAAGUUCGACCUGAACCCGUACGACCCGGUGAUCUUGCGCCAGCUGCUGGUCUGCAGCGGGGAGCAGAGCCAGGGCCUCAGUGAGUCCAGGAGACCCACCCUGGCCUGGUUAGAAGAGUCCUGUUCUGACCUGCCCAAGCUCGAGGGGGACAGUGACGAUCAGCUGGACGACUCAGACAGUGAAGAUCAUUCCAGAUCAGAGUCUGUAACAGGUCCUCAGUCUCAGUGGGACAGUAUGGACGUGCACCUGUCGGUGUCGUCUCUGUCCGUCCUCCAGCAGCCGGAGAAGCUUCAGUGGGAGGUGGUGGCGAGUGUCCUGGAGGACACGGUGAAGGACCUGGAGGAGCUCGGGGCCAAUCCCCCGUCUCUGUCCCAGCCCCCGAAACCCCCGGGCCAGGCCAAACCCAAGGACCGCCCCCCGGAGCACCACAACAUUCCCUUCCCCUGCCUGUUGGCCGGAGGUCUGCUGAGUUACCGCUCCGCCCCCAACGCCGCGCCCGCCGCCGGCGCCGCCUCCCCGCGCCGCGCCGACGCCCUUCACGACCACGGCGCCAUGGACAUCGAGAACGCCCAGACCGCCUCCUCGCACGACUCCCAGCCCGCGAGCCCCGCCCCCUCCGGACCCAACGCCCGGCGCUCCGUCCCCGUCCUGCUCCUGUACAGUAUCCGCGAAGUGGACGACAAAAGCACGGGACAAGUUUUUACGCAAAUGAAUAAUUUAAUGAGUAAUCACGAGGAGGGCUUCACCGUGCCGCAGAUAAUUGAGAUGGAGUUCGAUUCUCACGAACAGCUCCUCCUGCAGGACCCUCCCAUCACCUACAUCCAGCAGUUCGCAGACGCGGCGGGGAACUUAACCGCUUUAGACGGACACGUGGACAAAUGGAGCACGUUAGCGUCCGCGGCUAACGCCUCCACCCCCUUCCCCAAACCCGGGUCUUUAGUGCAAUGCUUACGUUUACCCAAAGCGCUAGAAAACGAAAAUCUGUACGUGGAUUCCAUAACGCCGUGUUACGACGGCGUGCACCUGCUCAUCGGACUGCAGCCCAACUGCGGCGCCGAGUCGCUCAGCGCCACCAAUCAAGUAGAAGCUUUGAAUAAUCUGAACAGACUGCACUCGGCUCUGAGCAAGGCGGACAGUUUGCACAACGGCGUGGAGAGCCUUCCCAAAACAGGAAGUCAAACGCAGUUAAUAUUACCCCCGAGCGACCAGGAGGAGCACCCGCAGAGGCCGCUCUCCCAGGGCGGCGGGUAUUUGGCGCUGUACAAACUGAACUACUCCACGCGCAUCGUCACUUUAGACGAGGAGCCCGUGAAGCUGCAGCAGAUCAGCGACCCGCUCGACGCCAUCACCUCUUUAAUUCUGUUACCGCCCGACGUGUUGGACAGUCGGGAGGAGGACAGCGAGGAGAGUCAGGACGAGACGCCCAAAAACGGAGCGCCAAAGAGCGGCAAGAGCUCGCCACAGACGCCGCUGGGGCCCGCGGCGAGGAGGGCAGAGGUGGUGGGUCUGGGACACUUGGUGGUGACGAGCAGAGCCGGGUUCAUCAUGAUCCUGGACUUGUCGACGCUCGAGGUUCUGGCCAAAGUGGAGCCGCCGAAGAGAGAAGGAGGAACGAGCGACGAGAUCGACCCGUUUGUGUCCGUCACCUACUGCUCCGGAACCGACCGCCUCUGCGCCGCCACCAGAGGUGGGGAGCUUCACUUCCUUCAGAUCGGAGGAGUGUGCGACGAUGUGGACGAUGGAGACAUGUUUAUCGACGGCCCCCUAACCAAAGGCUCAGAGGUUCUACUGGAGGGAGCCAAGCCCUGCUCCAACCCCUCCAGCCCCGGCAUCAUAGGCGUGGACCUUCUGGUGGAGCAGCCUCUGACCGCAGACUGCCUCAUGUCCCUGGUGGAGCUGACGCGCUUCGAGACGCUCACGCCCAGGUUCUCGGCCACGGUGCCCCCCUGCUGGGUGGAGGUGCAACAGGAGCAGCAGCAGAGGAGACACCCCCAACACCUGCACCAACAGCAUCACGGAGACGCCGCCCAGCACACGCGCACCUGGAAACUACAGAGCGACAGUUCGAGUUGGGAUGAACAUGUUCUGGAGCUGGUUCUGCCUAAGGCCUGUAUGGUGGGACACGUGGACUUUAAAUUUGUGCUGAACUCAAACAUCGUGAACAUUCCUCAGAUUCAGGUCACUCUGCUCAAGAACAAAGCUCCGGGGCUCGGCAAAGUCAGCGAAACGGCCGUGGAUCGUCCGAUCUCGUUCCCUCUGUCGAGUCUCCAGUCGAACGGAGAGAGAAACGGGCCCCUGCUCCACCACUUCAGCGAAGACAUUCAGUUCAUGGACAUCGAGGACACCACCGGCUCGAUGUUGUGCCCGUUCCUGGAGGAGCACAGAGAGGACAUCCUGUGUGGACCCGUGUGGUUGGCGAGUGGACUGGACCUGUCCGGGCACGCGGGCAUGAUCAGCCUCACCAGCCCCAAACUCGUCAAAGGGAUGGCGGGGGGAAAGUACCGCUCGUUUCUGGUUCAUAUUAAAGCCGUCACAGAUAAGAGUUUGGAGGACAGUCCGCGGCCUGUGGUCCGCAUGCCCAGCUCCAAACCCCAGAGCUCCAAAGGGCACUCCCUGUCCACCCUCCUGCAGCGGGCGCAGGCCUCCAAGGAGAAGGUGACGGGGGUGAAGUCUGAAGUGGCGACUCCCUCGAAGAAGGUGGAGAACCUCAGAGGCUGUGAUCUUCUGCAGGAGGUGUCCGUCACAAUCAGACGCUUCAAGAAGACGUCAAUAACCAAAGAGAGGUACCAGAGAUAGAUGUUUAUAUUUCAGAGAUGUGCGAUGCUGCAGUUCCCUGAUUUCCAUGAGAGACUUCUGGAGACGCUGUGUCGCUCCCAGGAGGGCGUGGCCUGUACCGAGCACGCCCAGAGCCUCAUCCUGGACAUACUGUGCUGGCUCGCGGGAGUCUUCUCCAACGGGCCCUGCAGUCUGAAGGAGGGGAAAGAGGCUCUGCUCCUGAAAACUCGCCUCAGGUUAAACGACAUCGUCAGAGUUUGUUUCUUCGAGGCCGGACGCAGCAUCGCCCACAAAUGUGCCCGCUUCCUCGCACUUUGUAUCAGUAACGGUAAAGGGGAGUCGGCUCAGCAGGGGUUCGGAGUGAGUCUGCUCAAAGCUCUUAUUGAGAAUAUGCCUUAUCUACCUGCAGCCGCCACCGGGGGUUCAGUGUUCUGGUACUUUGUGCUGCUGAACUACGUGAAGGAGGAGGAUUUGGCCGGAUGCAGCUCCGCCUGUGCCUCGUUACUCACCGCUGUGUCCCGGCAGCUGCAGGACCGCCUCACUCCACUGGAGGCGCUCUUACAGACCAGGUACGGUCUGUACAGUUCUCCUUUUGACCCAGUUCUGUUUGAUCUGGAGGUGAGUGGAUCUUCCUGUAAAAACGCCUACAACAGCAGCAUCGGAGUCCAGUCUGAUGAGAUCGACCUGUCCGAAAUACUCUCAGGGAACGGUAAAGUGAGCAGUUGUGCAGCAGCUGAGGGCAGUUUCACGUCUCUCACUGGACUUUUGGAGGUGGAGCCUCUUCACUUCAGCUGCAUCUCCACCAGCGACGGGACUCGAGUGGAGAGAGACGACGCCAGCAUGUUCACUGUGAGUUCGUUCGGCGUUCCUCCCACGGUCGGGCCUCUCUCCUCGGCGUCGGUGGGUGAAGCUUCCACGGCUCUGAGCUCGGCGGCUCAGGUGGCGCUUCAGUCUCUGUCCCACGCCAUGGUCUCUGCAGAACAACAGCUGCAGGUCCUCCAGGAGAAACAACAGCAGCUGCUCAAACUGCAGCAACAGAAAGCAAAACUUGAAGCCAAACUGCACCAGACGACCUCUGCUGCCGCCGCGGCCGCCUCGGGGCAUCUCCAUAACUCAGUGCCUUCCAACUCGUCCGCGGCUCCGGGUUUUUUCAUCCACCCGUCGGACGUGAUCCCGCCCACUCCAAAGACCACUCCCCUCUUCAUGACUCCGCCCCUCACGCCGCCCAACGAGGCCGUGUCCGCCGCCUUCAGCGCCGAGCUCGCCCACCUGUUCCCCGGAUCCAUGAUGGACCCGAGUCCCGUCAACCUGGCGACGCACAAGAACACACACAAGACCAAACAGGGGGCGAUGGGCAGCGGUUUGGCUCUGGCCAUUUCUCAGGCGUCUCACUUCCUGCAGCCGCCUCCUCAUCAGUCCAUCAUCAUCGAACGCAUGCACUCAGGAGCUCGUCGGUUCGUGACCCUGGACUUCGGUCGUCCGGUGCUCCUCACAGACGCUCUGAUCCCGGUUUGUUCGGACUUGGCGUCUCUGUCCAUCGACGUGUGGACGCUCGGCGAGGAGGUGGACGGACGCCGCCUCGUCGUGGCGACCGACAUCAGCACCCACUCGCUCAUCCUGCACGACCUGCUGCCGCCCCCUGUCUGCCGCUUCAUGAAGAUCACGGUGAUCGGUCGCUACGGCAGCACAAACGCUCGGGCAAAGAUCCCUCUGGGUUUUUACUACGGUCACACGUACAUCCUGCCCUGGGAGAGCGACCUGAAGCUGAGCCACGACCCGCUGAGAGACGGAGAACCCUGCCCCCAACCCGAGGUGGAGCAGCACCUCACCAUGAUGGUCGCCCUGCAGGAGGACAUACAGUGCAGAUAUAACCUGGCGUGCCAUCGUCUGGAGACUCUCCUUCAGAGCAUAGAUCUUCCUCCUCUGAACAGCGCCAACAACGCUCAGUACUUCCUGCGUAAACCGGACAAGGUGGUUGAGGAGGACCAGCGCGUCUUCUCUGCGUAUCAGGACUGUAUCCAGCUCCAGCUGCAGCUCAACCUUUCCCAUCAUGCAGUGCAGCGUCUGCGCGUGUCCCUGGGCGCCUCCCGCAGACUCCUGACCGACGCCGACAAACCCAAACCCCAAGACCUGGUCCAGAACUCGUCCACGGAGCAGCUCAGGACCAUCAUCAGAUACCUGCUGGACACACUGCUCAGCCUGCUGCACGCCAACAACGGUCACUCCGUUCCGUCGGUUCUUCAGUCCACGUUCCACUCGGAGGCGUGCGAGGAGCUCUUCAAACAUCUGUGCAUCAGCGGGACUCCAAAGAUCCGUCUGCACGCCGGCCUCCUGCUGGUCCAGCUCUGUGGAGCGGAGAGGUGGUGGGGACAGUUCCUCUCCAACGUCCUGCAAGAACUUUACAACUCAGAACAACUGCUCAUAUUUCCACAGGACAGAGUGUUCAUGUUGCUGUCGUGUAUCGGGCAGCGUUCUCUCAGUAACAGUGGAGUUCUGGAGGGACUUUUGAACCUGCUCGACUCUUUACUCUGUCCUCUACAACAACCUGCCCAGAACAGCGCCCUCCGGAGGACUGAAGGAGUGUUGGACAUCCCGAUGAUCAGCUGGGUGGUGAUGUUGGUCUCCAGACUCUUGGACUCCGUGGCCAGUAUCGAAGACGAAGCGUCAGGAGCCAAAAAGCACCUGGGAGGAAAAGAGCGGGACCGGAGCUGCUCAGGGAUCCAGUGGAGCUUCAUCAAUAACAGCCUCCAGUCUCAGAGCUCCAGUCGAGCGUCUAAAGGAAACUCCAGUUUGGACCGACUCUACUCCAGGAAGAUCAGGAAGCAACUGGUCCACCACAAACAGCAGCUGAACUUGCUGAAAGCCAAACAGAAAGCUUUGGUGGAGCAGAUCGAGAAGGAGAAGAUCCAGAGCAACAAAGGCUCCUCCUACAAGCUCCUGGUGGAACAGGCCAGGCUCAAACAGGCCACGUCAAAGCACUUUAAGGACCUGAUCCGUCUGCGUCGGACCGCCGAGUGGCCGCGCUCGUCGCUGGACUCGGAGGCGGCGGCGGUGAAGGAGGCGUCGGAGGCGGAGCCUCUGCCCUUCACUCUGUCUCACGAACGCUGCAUCUCUGUGGUUCAGAAACUCGCUCUGUUCCUGCUCUCCAUGGACUUCACCUGCCACGCCGACCUGCUGCUCUUCGUCUGCAAGGUUCUGGCUCGUAUCGCCAACGCCACGCGGCCGACCAUCCACCUGUGUGAGGUGGUGUCGGAGCAGCAGCUGGAGAGACUCCUCCUCCUGCUGGUGGGGACGGACUUCAACAGAGGAGACAUCUCCUGGGGCGGAGCCUGGGCCCAGUACAGCCUCACCUGUAUGCUCCAGGACAUCCUCGCAGGUGAGCUCCAGUCCCCGGUGUCUCUGGACGUGAUGGAGGACGGCGCUGCUCCUGAUGACGGCGCCUCGUCUUCGUCAGCAGGGGGCAGUGUGGACUGUGACGAGUCUCUGGCGCCGUCGGCUCCGGUGCCUCUGGUCGACAGUUUAGACGAAGGUUUGGUGCCCGAUAUAAUCACCGGAACAGCCAACAACACAGCAGUGUUUCAAAGUGCCCCUCCUCUGGCUGCUCCUCUGGCUGCUCCUCUAGCGCCCCCUCUGGCCGCGCUGGAGAAAGACAAAGACAUCGACUUUGACCUUCUGCAGGACCUCAUGGACGUUGAUAUUGAUCCUUUAGACAUUGAUCUGGAAAAAGAUCCUCUCGCCGCCAAAGUCUUUAAGCCCAUCAGCAGCACAUGGUACGAUUACUGGGGCGCAGACUACGGCUCGUACGGGUACAACCCUUACAUCGGAGGAGUGGGCAUCCCCGUGUCCAAGCCGCCCGCCGCCGUGGAGAAACAGAGCAGCCAGGGCCUGUCCGUGUCCGUCUCACAGGCUCUGGACGCUCGUCUGGAGGUGGGGCUGGAGCAGCAGGCGGAGCUCAUGUUGAAGAUGAUGGCCACUCUUCAGGCGGACUCCAUCCUUCAGGCGCUCACCUCCAACGCCAACAACGUGUCUCAGUCGUCCAACGGUACAGACGACUCUCUGCUCAGAGCUCUUCAUGGAGGAGGAGGUUCUCCAGGCUCCAGUCUGACCCUGCAGCCCUCGUCUGUGCCAAUGCUCAGCUCCUGCUUCAACAAACUCUUCAGCAUGUUGCAGGUGCACCACGUACAGCUGGAGUCUCUGCUGCAGCUGUGGUUGACUCUGAGUCUGAACACGGGAGCUGGAUCUUCUGAGGAGAGCGGCUCUGACAUCUUUCUGUUCAACGCCAGCAGAGUGCCCACCAUACCCCUCAACCAAGCCUCCAUCAGCAGUUUCCUCAGUGUUCUGGCCUGGUACCCGAACACGUCGCUCAGAACCUGGUGCCUGGUGCUUCACUCGCUCACGCUGAUGACCAACAUGCCCCCGACACCGUCGAGCUCGGGCCUCAGUUCUCCCGACAGCACGGCCCUGCAGAUGGUGUCAGACCCGACCCUGGUCCACGUCCUGGUCCGGUUCCUCUCGGGGACGAACCCGAACGGCACGAGUCAGCACAGCGCUCAGGUCGGCCCCACGGCCACGCAGGCCAUGCACGAGUUCGUGAGCCGCCUGCAGGUGCACCUGUCCUCCACCUGCCCACAGGUGUUCAGUGACUUCCUGCUGCGCCUCAUGCACAUCCUGUCGUCUGAGAGAGGUCCGUUCCAGUCGGGUCAGGGCCCUCUGGACGCUCAGGUGAAACUCCUGGACUUCACUCUGGAGCAGAACUUCGAGGUGGUUUCCGUGGCGACCAUCCUGUCCGUCAUCGAGUCCAUCACGUUCCUGGUCCAUCACUACAUCACGUGCUCGGACAAGCUGGUGUCCCGGAGCGGCUCGGACAGCUCGGUGGGGGCGCGCGCCUGCUUCGGGGGGCUCUUCGCCAACAUCAUCCGCCCGGGCGACGCCAAAGCCGUGUGCGGCGAGACCACGAGAGACCAGCUCAUGUUCGACCUGCUCAAACUGGUGAACGUCCUGGUGCAGCUGCCUCUGUCCGGAGACCGAGAGUUCAGCGGGAGGCUCCCACCAGGGGGCGUGAGCGCGGCCGACAGCAGCGCGUCCGACGAGGAGAAGGUGUGUGGAAGUAAAGAGGGCGGGGCCAGCGGAGGCUCGUCGACCAAUCAGGGCCCGGCGUCCGGAGUGGCAGACCUGGUUUUAGCCAAUCAGCAGAUCAUGAGUCAGAUCCUGUCGGCGCUGGGACAGUGCAACAGCAGCGCCAUGGCCAUGAUCAUCGGAGCGAGCGGCCUCCAUCUGACCAAACACGAGAACUUCCACGGGGGCCUGGACGCCAUCUCCGUGGGCGACGGCCUCUUCACCAUCCUGACCACACUGAGCAAGAGGAGCAGCUCCGUCCACGUGAUGCUCCAGCCCAUCCUCACCUACAUGGCCUGUGGAUACAUGGGCCGACAGGGCUCCCUGUCCACCUGUCAGCUGUCGGAGCCUCUGCUGUGGUUCAUCCUCCGAGUGUUGGACACGAGUGAAGCUCUCAAGGCUUUUCACGACAUGGGAGGAGUGCAGCUGAUCUGUAACAACAUGGUGACGAGCACCAGAGCGAUCGUGAACACGGCGAGGAGCAUGGUCUCCACCAUCAUGAAGUUCUUGGACUCGGGUCCGGGGAAGUCGUCCGACGGGAACCUGAAGGCCCGGGUCAUGACCUCUGAACCCGACAACGCCGAGGGGCUGCACAACUUCGCUCCUCUGGGCACCAUCACCUCGAGCAGUCCCACGGCUCAGCCCGCCGAGGUGCUGCUGCAGGCCACGCCCCCUCACCGCCGGGCGCGCUCCGCCGCCUGGUCCUACAUCUUCCUCCCCGAAGAGGCGUGGAGCGACCUGACGGUUCACCUGCCCGCCGCCGUCCUGCUCAAAGAGAUCCACAUCCAGCCGCACCUCGCCUCGCUCGCAACGUGUCCGUCGUCCGUGUCGGUGGAGAUCAGCGCCGACGGCCUGAACAUGCUGCCUCUGUCCACGCCCGUCAUCACGUCCGGACUCACCUACAUAAAGAUCCAGCUGGUGAAAGCCGAGGUGGCGUCGGCCGUAUGUCUCCGCCUCCACAGACCCCGAGACGCCAGCACCCUGGGCCUGUCCCAGAUCAAACUCCUCGGACUCACGGCGUUCGGAAACACGUCCUCCGCCACCGUCAACAACCCCUUCCUCCCCUCUGAGGACCAGGUCUCCAAAACCAGUAUCGGUUGGCUGCGUCUGCUUCAUCACUGUCUGACCCACGUCGGCGACCUGGAGGCCAUGAUGGCGUCGGCGGCGGCGCCCACGGCCAACCUCCUGCAGACGUGCGCGGCGCUGCUGAUGUCGCCGUACUGCGGGAUGCACUCGCCGAACAUCGAGGCGGUUCUGGUCAAGAUCGGACUCCAGUCCACCCGGAUCGGACUCAAACUCAUCGACAUCCUGCUGAGGAACUGCGCCGCCUCCGGGACCGACCCCGCAAAUCUGAACAGUCCUCUGCUCUUCGGUCGACUCAACGGUUUGUCCUCAGACUCCACCAUCGACAUCCUGUACCAACUCGGAACCACACAGGACUCUGGCACCAAAGACAGGAUCCAGGCUCUGCUGCAGUGGGUUCACGACUCGUCUCGGGUGGCGGCUCACAGACUCAGUUCUCCUCUGGGCUUCAGCUCGUCGGGUUCGGCCUCGUCGCUGGAGUACGGGCUCCUGAUGCCGUCGCCGUCGCACCUGCACUGCGUCGCCGCCAUCCUGUGGCACAGCUACGAGCUCCCGGUGGACUACGACCUGCCGGCGCUGCUCAACAGAGAACUCUUUGAGCUGCUGUACAACUGGUCCAUGUCUCUGCCGUGUAACAUCGUGCUGAAGAAGGCCGUGGACAGUCUCCUCUGCUCCGUGUGCCACAUCCACCCCAGUUAUUUCUCUCUGCUCAUGUCGUGGAUGGGCAUCGUUCCCACGCCGUCGUCCAGUCACUCGCAGGCGCCGCACCGCCGCAUGGCCAUGACCGACGACGGCAAGAAGCAGCAGAUCGAGCAGACCGAAGACUCCUCGCGUCACUUUCGCCCGCCGCUGGACCUGAGCGAGUCCCAGCUCAGCACGCUCGCCGCCGCCUCGCAGUCUCCCGGCGCCAUCGACCAGCUGCUGGACUCGGGGCUCCCGGCGCUGCUCGUGCGCAGCCUCACUCAGUUCUGCGUCGGCCUGUUGGCGAGCAACGACCUGCCCGUUCCCGCGUCUCAGAUGGACAGAAGGCACCACUAUCACCACUUUAACUCCUCCAACUGCGCAUCGUCGUCAGCGGCGGCGGCGCAGGGGCGGCAGACGCUGGCGGCGGAGCUGGCGGCGCCCGUGCUCAGGUUUUUAACUGAAGUUGGAAACAGCCACGCGAUGAAGGACUGGUUAGGAGGACCAGAGGUGAACCCGCUGUGGACCGCUCUGCUCUUCCUGCUCUGUCAUUCCAACGCCAGCUGUCAGACGCUCGCUUCCUCCUCCUCCUCCUCCUCGUCCUCAGCCCCGCCCUCUCAGCAGUCGCACGCCUCAAACCCGGGAUCCAGGUUUUCUUUGGCGUCGUCGGCGCAAAACGGCGGCCUGACGACGCAGCAGAGGACGGCGCUGGAGAACGCCACCGUCGCCUUUUUCCUGCAGUGUAUUUCCUGUCACCCCAACAACCAGCGCCUCAUGGCCCAGGUCCUGUGUGAGCUGUUCCAGUCGGCUCCACAGGGGGGCAGUGUUCCGGUCUCUGGGAACAUCUCAGGCUUCAUCAGGAGGCUCUUCCUGCAGCUCAUGUUGGAGGACGAGAAGGUCACGGUUUUCCUCCAGUCUCCAUGUCCGUUGUACAAAGGACGCAUCAACGCCACGAGUCACAUGAUCCAACACCCCAUGUACGGAGCCGGACACAAGUACAGGACCCUGCACCUGCCCAUCUCCACCACCCUCGCCGAGGUCCUGGACCGAGUCUCAGACACUCCGAGCAUCACGGCCAAACUGAUCAACGAGCAGAAGGAGGACAAAGAGAAGAAGAACCACGAGGAGAAGGAGAAGAUGAAAGCCGACAACGGAUUCCAGGACAAUUACAGCGUCGUGGUCGCCUCAGGUCUGAAGUCUCAGUCCAAACGGGCCCUGUCCACCCCCCCCAGGCCCCCGUCCCGACGAGGACGAGUCCUGAGCGACAAACUCAGCUCCGGCUCCGGAACCGACCCAAACAAGACCAUCAGUGUACCUGUGUUCCACCUGUACCACAAACUCAUACCAGGUCAGCCGUUGCCCCCGGAGAUGACCCUGGCUCAGCUCCUCACGCUCCUCUACGACAGGAAGUUACCUCAGGGCUACCAGUCCAUCAACCUGACCGUCAAACUGGGGUCGAAGGUCAUCUGCGACCCGGGGCUCUCCAAGACCGACUCCUUCAAGAGGCUCCGCACAGAGAAGGAUCCUUUCGGUGUUUUGUCCCCGUGUCCGGAGGAGGAGCCCAUGUCUCUGUGCGAGGACCUGGACGGCGGUGACGAGUCUCUGCUGGACACGGGUCCGGUCCAGUCUCCUCUGCAGGUGUUCGCGGGGAUGGGAGGUCUGGCUCUGAUCGCAGAGAGACUCCCCAUGCUCUACCCCGACGUCAUCCAGCAGGUGAGCGCUCCGGUCGUGCCCUCGUCGUCUCAGGAAAAACCCAAAGACACGGAUCAGUUCGAGUGGGUGACCAUAGAACAGUCCGGAGAGCUGGUGUACGAAGCUCCGGAGUCCAUCUCCUCCGAACCGCCGCCCAUCUCCAAACAGCAGCCGCCCUCCUCCUCCUCCGCCGUGCAGCCCAUGUCACCUAUCCCCGCCCACUCCCUCGCCGCCUUCGGACUCUUCCUGAGGCUGCCCGGGUACGCCGAGGUCCUGCUCAAGGAGAGGAAGCACGCCCAGUGUCUGCUGCGACUCGUGCUCGGGGUGACGGACGACGGCGAGGGAAGUCACAUCCUCCAGUCUCCGUCGGCGAACGUUCUCCCCACUCUGCCGUUCCACGUCCUCCGCGCUCUCUUUAGCUCCACCCCUUUGACCACGGACGACGGCGUUCUGCUGAGGAGGAUGGCGUUGGAGAUCGGCGCCAUUCACCUGAUCCUGGCGUGUCUGUCGGCGCUGAGUCACCACGCCCCCCGAAACCCCAACGCCCCCUCCAGCGUCUCCGAGCCUCAGAUGUCCAGUUGUCCGGGGGGAGGGACGUCGGAGGAGCAGCAGUUGUACUGGGCCAAGGGGACGGGCUUUGGGACGGGCUCCACGGCGAGCGGCUGGGACGUGGAACAGGCCCUGACCAAACAGAGACUGGAGGAGCAGCACGUCACCUGCCUGCUACAGGUUUUGGCGAGUUACAUAAACCCGUCGGGUUCGAGCGGCGCUCACGGCUCAGACUCUGAGAGCAGAUCCAACACGGCGGCGCUUCCCACGGUCCUUCAAGAACUACUGUCCCAGUCCUGCCUCAUCCCCGCCAUGUCCUCCUACCUCCGCAACGACUCAGUGCUGGACAUGGCGCGUCACGUCCCUCUGUACCGCGCGCUCCUGGAGCUGCUCAGGGCCAUCUCCUCGUGCACGGCCCUGGUCCCUCUGCUCCUGCCGCUGUCUGGAGACCUGCAGGACAACGAGGAGGACGAGGACGAGGAGCCCGACGCACACAGCUCCGUGGGACACCUGCUGGCCAAGAUGAAGACCUGCGUGGACACAUACACCAACAGACUCAGGUCUAAGAAGGACAAGUCGAAGGGGGUGGUGAAGCCGGAGUCUUCAGACCCGGAGCCUGAGGGACUCACUCUGCUGGUGCCGGACAUCCAGAGGACGGCCGAGAUCGUGUACGCGGCCACCACCAGCCUCCGCCAGGCCCACCAGGAGAGGAAGUUGGUGGAAUGUUCCAGAAAAGCGUCGAGUCGUCCCAAACCUCAGUCGCUCCUUCGCUCUCUGGAGGAGAAGUACGUCGCCGUCAUGAAGAAGCUGCAGUUCGACACGUUCGAGAUGGUGAGCGAGGACGACGACGGGAAGCUCCUGUUUAAAGUGAACUACCACUACAUGUCUCAGGUGAAGAACGCCAGCGACUCGAACAGCGCCGCUCGCUCCCGCCGUCUGGCCCAGGAGGCGGUCACCCUGUCCACCUCCCUGCCCCUGUCCUCCUGCUCCUCCGUGUUUGUGCGCUGCGACGAGGAGAGGCUGGACAUCAUGAAGGUUCUGAUCACGGGUCCGGCCGACACGCCGUACGCCAACGGCUGCUUUGAGUUUGACGUGUAUUUCCCUCAGGAUUAUCCCAACUCUCCUCCUCUGGUCAAUCUGGAGACGACGGGAGGCCACAGCGUCCGCUUCAACCCCAACCUCUACAACGACGGCAAGGUGUGUUUGAGUAUCCUGAACACCUGGCACGGACGCCCAGAGGAGAAAUGGAACCCACACACCUCCAGCUUUCUCCAGGUCCUGGUCUCGGUCCAGUCCCUGAUCCUGGUGGCAGAGCCGUACUUUAACGAGCCGGGGUACGAGCGCUCGAGGGGGACGCCCAGCGGGACCCAGAGCUCCAGAGAAUAUGACGGAAACAUCCGACAGGCGACGGUCAAGUGGGCCAUGCUCGAACAGAUCAGGAACGCCUCACCCUGCUUCAAAGAGGUGAUUCAUAAACACUUUUACCUGAAGCGGGCGGAGAUUCUGUCCCAGUGCGAAGACUGGAUCACCGACAUCCAACAGUACAGCAGCGACAAGAGGGUGGGCCGCACCAUGAGCCACCACGCCGCUGCGCUCAAGAGACACAGCGCUCAGCUGAGGGAGGAGCUGCUGAAGCUCCCGUGUCCCGACGGACUUGAACCCGACGCCGACGAAUUCACCGAGAAGAGCUCCGCCCUCCUCACCGAUCUGACCAAUCAGGACGCAGAGAAGGCCGGCGGCAGCCACGACUCGUCCGAGGGAACGUUAUAACCUCGACAAAGACACGGACUCCUCCUCCUCCUCCUCCUCCUCCUCCUCUUCCUCUUCCUCCUCCAACACGUUUGAAUCGACAGACUGCGGCCGCGCACAGGCCACUUCUUUUGUCCAUAUUUGUAUGUAAAAAUCGUCAGCGCGGGGAACCAAAAAUAAAACCCCCCAAGAAUUUUAUUUACCUGUACAAGAGUGUAAAAGAUUUUGUGCUUUUUCCAAACGUGAGCGACACCAGAGUCUGGACGAGCCGCCGCUUCUGGAGGACACACUGUUUUUCUUUUUUUGUUUUUCUUAAUUUUGGGACAAAUAUUUAAAUUAAAAAAGUUUAGGUUUCAUGAGGUCGGGUGAUUCUGGGCUGCGGUGUCGACUUCCUCUUCAUUUUGCUUUUACUUAAAACAAAAAACACAAAGAAAUAAAAUGGUUUUAACUCAU